AUGCUGUUAACUGGCGUUCUCUUUCUGUUGCAAGCCCUUCAGCUUGCAGGAGCCCUGGACCUGCCUGCUGGGUCCUGUGCCUUUGAAGAGAACACUUGCGGCUUUGACUCGGUGUUUGCGUUCCUGCCAUGGAUUUUAAAUGAGGAAGGCCAUUACAUUUAUGUUGACACCUCAUUUGCCAAGCAAGGGGAGAAAGCUGUGCUGCUCAGUUCGGAUUUACAGGCCGAAGAAUGGAGCUGCCUUCGCUUGGUCUACCAGAUAACUACAUCUCCAGAGUCUCUAUCACAUCCCAGCAGGUUGAACCUCUAUGUGAGGUUUGAAGAUGAAAGCUUUGACCGCUUGCUUUGGUCAGCUAAGGAAGCUUCAGAUAGCUGGCUAAUAGCCAGCCUGGAUUUGCAAAACAGCCCCAAGAAAUUCAAGAUUUUAAUAGAAGGUGUUCUAGGGCAGGGAAACACAGCCAGCAUUGCACUCUUUGAAAUCAAGAUGACAACCGGCUACUGUAUUGAAUGUGACUUUGAAGAAAACCAUCUCUGUGGUUUUGUGAACUGCUGGAAUCCCAAUGUGAACUGGUUUGUUGGAGGAGGAAAUAUUCGGAACGCCCCCUCCAUCCUUCCCCAAGAUCACACCUUCAAGAGUGAACUGGGUCACUACAUGUACGUGGACUCAGUUUACGUCAAGCACUUCCAGGAAGUGGCUCAGCUCAUCUCCCCGAUGACCACAGCCCCCAUGUCUGGCUGCUUGUCAUUUUAUUACCAACUCCAGCAGGGAAAUGAUAAUAUCUUUUCCGUUUAUACACGGGAUACGACUGGCCUUUAUGAGGAGAUCUGGAAAAUGAACAAUCCAGGGAACGCGGCCUGGAACCUCGCAGAGGUCGAGUUCAGUGCGCCUUAUCCCAUGGAGGUUAUUUUUGAAGUUGCUUUCAAUGGUCCCAAAGGAGGGUAUGUUGCCCUGGAUGAUAUUUCUUUUUCUCCUGUUCACUGCCAAAAUCACACAAAGCUUCCCUUCAGUGCUGUGGAAGUGAGCUGCCAUUUUGAGGAAGAUCUCUGCAACUUUUACCAAGAUAAAGAAGGCCCAGGCUGGAGUCGCGUGAAAGUAAAACCAAAUAUGUAUCGGAUAGGAGACCACACCACAGGAUUAGGGUCUUAUUUGCUGGCCAACACAAAGUUUACAUCUCAGCCUGGCUACAUUGGAAGGCUCUAUGGCCCUUCCUUGCCAGGAAACUUGCAGUAUUGUCUGCGCUUUUAUUAUGCCAUCUAUGGGUUUUUAAAAAUGAGUGACACCCUGGCAGUUUACAUCUUUGAAGAGAACCAUGUAGUUCAAGAGAAGAUCUGGUCUGUGCUGGAAUCCCCAAGGGGUAUUUGGAUACAAGCUGAAAUCACCUUUAAGAAGCCCAUGCCUACCAAGGUAGUUUUCAUGAGCUUAUGCAAAAGUUUUUGGGACUGUGGGCUUGUAGCCCUCGAUGACAUUACAGUACAACUGGGAAGCUGCUGGUCUCCAGAGAGGAUUCCACCUCCACCUGGAGAGUGCACUUUUGAAGAAGAUGAAUGUAUGUUUACUCAGGAGAGAAGAAACCGGAGCAGCUGGCACAGGAGAAGGGGAGAAACUCCCACCUCCUAUACAGGACCAAAGGGAGAUCACACUACUGGGGUAGGCUACUAUAUGUACAUUGAGGCCUCCAACAUGGUGUAUGGGCAAAAAGCACGCCUCCUGUCCAGGCCUCUGCGAGGAGUCACCGGAAAACACUGUUUGACCUUUUUCUACCACAUGUAUGGAGCAGGGACUGGCCUGUUGAGUGUUUAUUUGAAAAAGGAAGAUGACAGUGAAGAGUCUCUCUUGUGGAGAAGGAGUGGAGAACAGAGCAUUUCCUGGCUCCGUGUGCCAAUUGAAUACAGCUGUGAGAGGCAACACCAGAUAAUUUUUGAAGCCAUUCGUGGAGUAUCAAUAAGAAGUGAUAUUGCCAUUGAUGAUAUUAAAUUUCAGGCAGGACCCUGCACAGAAAUAGAAGAUACAACUCAACAAUCAUCAGGAUAUUCUGAGGACUUAAAUGAAAUUGAGUAUUAAGAAAUGAUCUGAAUUGGAUGAACUCAGUAAACAAAAGCUGUACCUCACUUCGAUCAGAAUGAGAACAAAACAAAUGAAUACUAGACAGUCUUAACAAUUUCAUAAGUUAAAAAAAAUUAUUUGGAGAACUCUUCUUCAUUACUUUUGCAAAAAAUACUGACUCAGGGCUUUUUAUUUUAUUUACAUAUGACAACUGUUACUAGAAGUACAGGCUGCUGGUUUUGCAUAGAUCAUUCAUCUUAAUGUGAGUACCAGUUAAAAAUACAACCGUACUAUAUCGUAGUCAGUUUAAAGUACGCAAAUAGAGGGCACAAUCAAAAUGACAGGUACUUACUCAAGUCUGCAUUCAGUGAAUGUAUUGGGAGGAGAAUAAUUCUUGAGGGUUUCCUUUUGAAUUUCAAGUGGCAUAAGUAAUUUUAAAGUCAAUAAUGUGAGGUGUUGGAAAUAUCUGCAGAUUGAAUGCAGUUUCUCAUGGUAUAACAAGUCAGUUUGAGAAAAUAGUCUUAUUUUCUACAGUUUUUCAUUGAAAGGGAAUAUUAAUGUUUAAUAUUUUUACUAUUUGUGAUAAUAAAGGAUCUUUCUUGAAUAUCCCAGAGUAAGUCAGUAUUAAUGCUGCAUUACAGGGCAGUGCUACCUUCUUUUUUCCCAUUUGAACCACUUUUGAGAGUCACUAUGGACACAUGGAUAGAAAUUGCAUUCUUUUUGUAGCGCAAGCUUGAAAGUGUUUAUGUAUUCACAUCCAGUGACUUUUAGGAAAAUGUUAAAUGAUAUUUUCAAUAAAUGUUUUGGUAAGGUUUAGAGAAAUAUGAAUUCAAACAGGUAUCUAAACUACUACUUUCUAUUUACAUGUUUAGAAAAUUGAAUGUACAUUUUUGUGAACCAAAACAGCUCUUACGACAUUAUGUAAUUACCUAAUAAAGGGAAAUUUUAAAUCCU